GAAUGCUCAGUUACGCGCGAGGUGUGUCCUGUGUCCAUAUGAAACUCACCACUGCGACCAUCAGGUGCAUUAAGAAAGGGACCGGUAGAAACGCGUUUCCACUAUACUUAAAGGCAACGCAAUGAAGGGAUACAGCAGCACGAGCAGCUGUAGGGAAAAUGACGCUUACUGAUCUGUCUCUUUGAAAGAGAAGACUAAGAAAAAAGGCUAGGGACAGAAGAACUUGGACUGCGGGAGAGAAUAACAUCGCAUGGGGCCAUGAGCGGUGCAGACCCCGCAGCGAACAAACUGUUGAGUUUCAACCAACGCUCAGCGUCAGAGGAUCUUGGGUGCCGGAGAGGAGAGUUCAGCCGGAAACACUAUGGGUCAGUUGAACUGCUCAUCUCCAGUGAUGCAGACGGGGCCAUACAGAGAGCUGGGCGAUUCAGAGUGGAGAAUGGUUCAAUAGAUGAGGCCUCUGACUACAUGCCUGGAACAUGGAGGCGAACUGACGUCCAUUUGGAGAACCCAGAGUAUCACACCAGAUGGUACUUCAAGUACUUCCUGGGAAAAGUUCAUCAAAACUACGUGGGGACGGAUGCAGAGAAGAAUCCCUUCUUCCUGUCUGUGGUUCUGUCAGACCAGAACAACCAGAGGGUCCCACAGUAUCGAGCCAUCCUGUGGCGCAAGACGGGUACUCUAAAAAUCAGCCUUCCAUACAGUCCGACAAAAACACUAUCAGUCAAAUCUAUAUUAAGUGCCAUGAACGUGGAUCGUUUUGAAAAGGGCCCGAGGGAAAUCCUUAACCCAGAGAUUCAGAAGGACUUACUGGUGCUGGAGGAGCAAGAGGGCAGUGUGAACUUUAAAUUUGGUGUUCUUUAUGCCAAAGAUGGACAGUUGACAGAUGAUGAAAUGUUCAGCAAUGAAUCAGGAAGUGAGAAUUUUAAUAUAUUUCUGAAUCUCCUUGGUGACACGAUCUGUCUGCAGGGCUGGGCAGGGUAUCGAGGAGGACUGGACACUAAGAACGACACUACAGGAAUAAAUUCCAUCUACACAGUCUAUCAGGGUCAUGAGCUCAUGUUCCAUGUUUCCACCAUGUUACCUUAUUCUAAAGAGAACAAGCAACAGGUAGAGAGGAAGAGACAUAUUGGGAACGACAUUGUGACCAUUGUGUUUCAGGAGGGAGAUGACGCCUCUCCGUCCUUCAAACCCUCUAUGAUUCGCUCCCAUUUCACACAUAUUUUUGCCUUAGUUCGAUAUAAUAGCCAGAAUGAUAGUUACAGGUUGAAGAUUUUCUCAGAGGAGAGUGUGCCGCUGUUUGGCCCACCGCUCCCUUCCCCUCCAGUGUUCACAGACCACCAGGAGUUCAGGGACUUUUUACUAGUUAAAUUAAUAAAUGGAGAAAAAGCCACUCUCGAGACCCCCACUUUUGCUCAGAAACGUCAGCGCACACUGGACAUGCUGAUCAGAUCCUUGUACCAGGAUCUCAUGCCUGACAUGCCCAAGGUUCCCUUCUCUCCGCAGAACAUGCUGAACCGACGCUCAUUCAGCGACGUACUGCCAGAGUCACCCAAAUCCGCCCGUAAAAAAGAAGAGGCACGCCAGGCUGAGUUUGUUCGAGUGGGACAGGCCUUGAAGCUGAAAACUAUAGUUCGAGGGGAUGCACCCACCAGUUUAGUCACCACUGGUCUUUGCAGGAAAGAGCCAUGGGAGUCACAGUCGUUCUGCAGUAGCUUCCCGUAUGAUAUAGUCUGUGGAGAUUCGUGGGGACAGUCAUUACUGGUCGCCACAGAUUCAGCAGGGGUCAUGCUGCUGGAGGCCUCAGAUCCACUGUUCUCCAAAGCAGAUUCACCAACCCUGCCUCCGGUGCAGGUAUUUGACAAAACCUUGACUGUCAAACAAAUGCACGUGCUUGAACCUCAGGACCUCCUCAUUGCAAGAGCAGAUAAGGGGAAAGAUGCUCGACUGUAUGUUUACAGACUGAGCACUCUCAAACGGGGGAUAGAAGAGCGGCAGCUUGUCCGCACCAAGUGUGACAGUCGAGAAAACAAGCUUGAGAAAACCAAAGGCUGCCAUCUCUACUCCAUAAACACGCAUCAUGGGGUGGAGCUCAGAAUCGUUGCGGCGAUAAGAAACAAGCUCCUCCUGAUCACCAGGAAACAGUCACGCCUCGAUUGCCUUGGCUCUAUCGCUACAGUCACAGGGACUACUGACUCACCUGUGGAAGAGUUCCAGUACAUACGGGAGAUCUGUUUAUGUGACUCGCCGGUGGUCAUGGCCCUGGUUGAUGGCCCAACAGGAGAGAAUGAUCACAUGAUCUGUGUGGCCUACAGACAUCAGUUUGACUUGAUCAAUGAGAGUACAGGAGACGCUUACAGACUACACCAUGUAGACUCCAACCGGGUGAACUUUGUUGCUGCCAUAGAUGUGUAUGAAGAUGGAGAGGCUGGACUUCUUCUUUGCUAUAACAAUAUCUGCGUCUAUAAGAAGGUGUGUCCGUUUAACGGAGCAACACCCAUGAUUCAGCCCAAUACUUCAGACUUCCAUUUCAGCUGGAACCAAAUGCCCAACGCUAUUGUGUGUGCGUUCCCGUAUAUCCUUGCAUUCACCACUGACUCCAUAGAGAUUCGACUAGUCGUUAAUGGCAACCUAGUAUAUACAGCUGUCGUUCCAGAAUUGCAACUGACUGCGUCCAGAUCUGAUAUCUAUUUCAUCUCGUCAGCACCUAUAAACUCUGCCUCCAACUGUAGCUCCAGAGACACUAGUUCCCAGAGUUCCCCUCAGACUCCAACUGGCUACGAGAUGCCCGUCUUCCCUUCGCCGCUUGGAGAUGAUUGUAUUCGGAUCCCCUACGGCACCAAGCUAUCCCUCUACAUGUCUAAAGACUCUGAAGGUGAAGCUCCCUCAAAACACAUCUAUAAGAUCCCAUUGAGCAACCUAGUUGGCCGGAGCAUAGAGAGGCCCCUCAAGUCUCCGUUGGUCAAUAAAGUGCUCACGGCACCUGCCUCCAGUGUGAUCGGCCCCACUCCCAUGAUCGCAAGCACAACCUCCCUCUCGCUGUCUCGCAUGGAGAUCAAAGAGAUCGCCAGCCGGACACGGAAAGAACUGCUGGGUUUGACUGAGGAACCCAGCAGUAAGGCUGAUGGUAACUCAGUGAAACAGAGAAAAAUGAGCAAGAAAACCAAGGAGGAAGAACAAAGAACAGCAGAGAUAAGCACCACUGAGCAAGUGGGAAUGGAGUCUGUAGAUGCAGAAACUGAUGUCCAUCGGCUUUGCUCUGAGGUGGAGCCACGAGAUGAUAGCCCACCCACGGCCAGCCCUUUUACCUUCUCCACAUCUUUUGAGGAUAUUCUGGACCUUAAGUGAUGACAAUCACAGUCUGUGGAUCAAAGUGCACCUCUCACCUUACACAUCCUACUUACUACCUUUUACUUUAUAUCAUUCUUAUUUACCAUGUUAUGCUGAAUUUUGUGUUUUCCUCAGUCUGCCCACUCAUCUGUGUGCGCAAAUGAAUCCCCAGAGCUUUAAACUUGAAAGAGUAUACAGUGUGGUGAUGUCAAAAUUUACUCCUGGUGGAUGUAUGCAUGCGUGUGUGUAUGAUCCCGUGUUUACUGUAUAAGAUAGAAAUACAACUAGAAAAUUUAGAUUCUCAGCUAUUAUUUCAGAAUUCUGUUUAAAGAAAAAAGAAAAAAUGACCAAAAAUGUAAAAAAAAAAAAAAACUAGAAUCUGAGUUAGUCAAGGUUUGAUUUAGUUUCUAUGAUUGAUGGGACACAUUCUCCAUCAGCUUUUGGACAAAUUUGUAGCUUUGUAGCAAACGUGUAGCCAUAUGAACAAAAAUAAGACAUUUUAAAAAAAAAUGGCUUGAAAGCUUUGAGCCACAAUUUAAGGUCAAGGCAAAUAUUACUUUUCACUCCAAGACUGAAUGUAAGAUUGACACUCCUAAAAACAAUGAAACAUUUUUUAACUCCUUAUUUUGUGUUUUUAAAAUGUUUUCUAUGUCUGUGAUUUGUACAUUGUGUGAUUAUUUCAAAGUUGUAAAAAACUCUAUAUGCAUCUCGGACCAGAUGCACAUGAACAUACAAAUGUAAACAUACAUACAUACAUAUAAAUAUAUACCUUUCUAGUUCUAUUGUAUUAUGGAGAAAUAAAACACUCUUCUUGUGUAUAUCAGUGUUAUGGUCUAACCUGCCUUCACCCUCACCAUGCUUUUAAACCCUGACAUGCAAACCCUCUGCAGAAAGGGCAGGAGUCUCCCACAAGUGCCAUUUUCUACUGCAGCCGUCAAGCACUAGCGCCCUCUAUCAGACUGACCAUGGAUUGCAUGUCAUGAGGCGGAAGCAAACAAAAACCAUUACAGAACACAGUUUGGUCACCACAUCUGGUAAAUGUGCAGCUGUUUACUAUGCUAACAGUAUGAGCUUUGAUCCAUGAACAUCUUCAUUUACAGGCGCACACAGUCAAACGCAGUCUUUAAGUGCUGUUGCUUCUUGAAAAGGGCUCUGGAUCACCUGCAUGCCUCCAUUCAAACCCACUAUAAAAUAAAAAGGGAUUUGAUGUAUUAAUGGUUUAGAAUUAGGAUGUAUUUACUCUUCUCAUGGAUUUGGUACAA